CAGAAGAAUAGUUAUAUGUGUCGCGGUGGAUUGUGGGUAGUUAGUCAGCAAAUCCAAGAUGGCGGCAAGCAAGAGGCUGCAUAAGGAACUUGAUGAAAUCCGCAAAUCUGGAAUGAAAAACUUCCGUAACAUCCAAGUUGACGAGUCAAACAUUUUGACUUGGCAAGGGCUUAUCGUUCCUGUAAGUAUGGACAACCCUCCAUACGAUAAAGGUGCAUUCCGGAUUGAGAUCAUUUUCCCUGCUGAGUAUCCAUUUAAGCCACCCAAGAUCACAUUCAAAACAAAGAUCUACCACCCGAACAUAGAUGAGAAAGGUCAGGUGUGCUUGCCAGUCAUAAGUGCUGAAAACUGGAAACCUGCAACCAAAGCUGAUCAAGUAAUCCAGUCUCUCAUCGCCCUUGUCAAUGACCCUCAGCCAGAGCACCCACUGAGGGCAGACCUAGCAGAGGAAUACUCGAAAGACCGUAAAAAAUUCUUUAAGAAUGCAGAAGAGUUUACAAAGAAACACGGUGAAAAACGGCCGGUGGACUAAUGAGUGUGACUCCCACUCUCUCCUUUGCCCACUUCUCCAGAUCUUUAAACCUCUGCUUCUACCUGUACCCUCCCACCCAAGCUCCCAGCAUCCACUCCGAACUUGGAGCAGAGCAUCCCAAAAGCAUUUCAACCUCGCUACAGAACUUUUAUGACUCAGUUCUACUUGCCCGCUGGGUGCCAACUGGAUGGCUGUUUUUUUCUAUAGUGUAUAAAGCAAAUGAGAUCCAAAUACAUGUGUACAUGGAAAUAUGGAGAAAAAUGGCAAGAUUUGGGUGGUGAGGGUGGGGGGAAAUGCUGUUCCUUUUAAUUUGUUCUUAAUUUGCACAGAGUUGUGUACUUGUCAUAAAACCUGCUGUGCAAUGAAUCAUGACUUUUUUUUUUUCUCCCCCCUCCAGAGCAGAUUACUACAGUGAAUUUUGUUAUGUCUUUUCAGUCUUUCUGUACCACAUAUGUCUUUGUUCAGACAAAAGUCCAUUAACUAAAUGGUAGGUGACACCUAAUGUAUCAAGUUUCUAAAUGUGUGUGGCAUACACUUCUUUUACUUUUUUUUUUUUUCUUUUGUUUCUGCUUAGGUUGCACUGUAUUCUGUGGAAUGAAGUGUUAUGUUCUUCAUAACCUCUGUAAUUCAUCCAAUAUUCAAAAUUUCAGCUUAGUCACUGUUAGCAAUAUAAUGUUUAUGAUGUUAUAAAAAACAAAAACCCAACCAACCAUUUGUGUCUGAUUUUAAGAAUCCUUUAAAAGUAAUUUAAUAGAGAUGCACUUUAUCCUGGAAGAAAUGGCAUCACUAAACAAAGUUACUUAUUACACCCUAAAUUGCAACUGGAUUAUUUAAGAUCAACACAAGCUAAAUAAUUUUAUUUUAUUUUUUUUUUGGGGGGGGGGGAUUAACUCGGCAGAUUACGGUAAGUCCGGUUUAUUAUCUUGUCAACCAGUGGAACUAAUUUAUUUGUAUAAGGUGUUUGAAACCAGCACAAACCCACCUUCUGGUUUAGUCAGGCUAUGCAUUGUAAUCUAGUUUUCUGAAAUGGAACUUUUUAGCAGACACCUAAUAAUGUAUUGACAGUACUUGACUGAGCAAUAUCAAGUGCUGACUUUUUCAGAUGCCAUACAAAUUGUACUGAUUGCAUGUAGAUCAACGGAGAGAGCCCAGGGAUUUAUUGGCCUUAUGGGCCUUUGUUCAAACAGUACAGCAUAAAACUAUAGUGUUUCAGGAUCUUAUCAGGACAUACAGGGGUAAAUUUAUUAGGAACAUUAUACUAUUACUGGGUAGGGCCUCCUUUUGCUUUCAAAUGAGCCUCUUUUUUUUUUUUUGUGGCAUGGAUUCUACAAGAUGUCAAAUUUCCUUUGAGUUUCUGGUAGACGUUAACAUGAUUGCAUCACAUAAUUCCUGUAGAUUUUUCAGGUGCACUUUUCAUGCUGUGUAUCUCCUGUUCUACUACAUCCCAAAGGUGUCCUGUUGGAUUCGGAUCUGGUGACUGGGAAGGUCACGGAAGAACAUUUGAACUUAUUGUCAUGUUCAUGAAACUAGUUUGAGACUAUUUUUGCUUUGACAUUUAGAUGAGUAAAUUGUCACCAUGAAGGAAUGCACAUGGUCAGCAACAAUACUCAAAUAGACUAACAUUCAAACAAUGAAUGAUUGGUAUUAAAAGGUCCAACGUGUACCAAGAAAACAUUCCUCACACCAUUACACCACCUCCACCAGCCUGUACUGUUGACACAAGGCAGGCUCGGUUCAUAGAAUUGUGCUGUUGGUGCCAAAUUCUGACCCGACCAUCUGUGUGCGCCUCAGCAGAAGUCAGUAUUCAUAAGACCAGUUUUCAACUGUCUGGUUUUGUUGAGCCUGUGUCCAUUUCAGCCUCAGCUUUCUGUUCUUGGUUGACAGAAGUGGAAUCUGACCUGGUUUUCUGCUGUUGUGCAUUCCGAGAUGCUUUUCUGCUCACCACAAUUGUCCAGAGUGGUUAUCGGAGUUACUGUAGUCUUUGUCAGCUUGAACCAGACUGAUUAUUUUUCAUUGACCUCCCUCAUCAAAAAGGCAUUUCCAUCUGCGGAACUGCCUCUUGCUAGAUGUUUUUCCUUGUUGCACCAUUCUGAGUAAACUCUAGAGAUUGUUGUGUGUGUGAAAAUCCCAGGAGACCAGCGGUAAACUCAUACCAGCCUGGCUGGCGCCAACAGUCAAAUUUUUCCUGCUUCUGAUAGCUGAUGUGAACAUUGCUCGAAACUGGUGAUCUGUAUCUUCAUGCUUUUAUGCAUUGCACUACUGCAAGAUGAUUGGAUAAUUAGAUAAUUGCAUGAAUGAGUACAGGUGUUCCUAAUAACAUGUAUUUGGUGAGUGUAUAUGAGAGUAAUGCUACAACAUCCGACAGUAAACCUGUGAUAUUGAGUACCAGGUUGCAGUUCAGAGAAUUAGAUUUUUUUUUUUUUUUUGUAAUUUAAUUCAAAAAGGUAAACUUUAAUGUAUUCUAUAUUCAUUAAAAGUGAAACAUUUCAAGCUUUUUUAUGAUUAUGGCUUAUAGCAUACAACGAUUUACAAUACAGAAAUGUCCAACUUAUGAAAAGUAUAUUCAUUUAUACGCUCAGUAGUUGGUUGGGGCUUCUUUACCAUGAAUGACUGUAUUGAUGCGGUGUGGCAUGAAGAUGGUCAGCCUGUGGCACUGCUAAGGUGUUACUGAAGCCCAGGUUGCUUUGAUAGCAGCUUUCAGCUCUGUGUUUUUGGGUCGGGUGUCUCUCAUCUUCCUCUUGAUAACACCCCAUAGAUUCUCUACAGGAUUUGGGUCAGGCGAGUUGGCUGGCCAAUCAAGCACUAAUAUCAUGGUCAGCCAACCAUUUGGUAGUAGUUUUGGCACUGUGGGCAGGUGCUAAGUCCUGCUGGAAAAGGAAAUCAGCAUCUUCAUGAAGGUUGCCAGCAGAUGGAAGCAUGAAGGACUUGAAAAUCUCCUGGUAGACGGCUGCAUUGACACUGGACUUGAUGAAACACAGUGGACCGACACCAGUGAUUACAUGGCACCCCAAAUCAUCACAGGCUGUGGAAACUUCACACUGGACUUAAAACACCUUGGAUUCUCUGCCUCUCCAGACUCUAGGACCUUAAUUUACAAAUGAAAUGUAACAUUUACUUUCACCUGCAAAGAGGACUUUGGACCACUGAGCAACAGUCCAGCGGUGGGUUUCCUAAAACCGUCUUAACGCUAAGAGCAUUUUAACUAGAAGAGAGAGCGUUCAUUGUGCUGUUCACUCGAACAUUUAACAAUGAUCUUUGUGCUACGAUGCUUUUGGGAAACCCGGCACAGUUCUUUCUCUCCUUAGCCCAGGUAAGAUGCUUCUGACAUUGUCACUGGUUCAGGAGUGGCUUGAUAUUAGGAAUGUGACAGUUGCAGCUCUUUUCCUGAAGACAUCUGUAUGUGGUGACUCUUGAUGCACUGACACUAGCUUCAGUCCACUCCAUGUGAAGCUCUCCCGAGUUCUUGGAUUGACUUUUUUUAGAAUCCUGUCAAGGCUGCAGUUAUCCCUGUUGCUUGUGCACCUUUUCCAGCCAGCCUUUCAGCAAUGACCUUUUGUGGCUUACCCUCCUUGUGGAGGGUAUCUAUGAUCAUCUAUUGGACAACUGUCAGGUCAGCAGUCUUCCCCCUGACUGUGGUUGCGUGUACUGGACUGAGAGAUACAGUAUUUAUACUGUUUUACUCAAACUUUAAAUGAAAUAUUCUAAUAUCUAGACAUACUGGUUUUCUGAUUUUCAUAAGCUAUAAGCCAUAAUCAAAAUAAAAUUAAAAAAAGCCAUGAAAUACUUCACUUUAUAUGUAAUAUAGAAUAUAUGAAAGAUUAUCUUUUUGAAGUAAAUUAUGAAAAAAAUGAACUUUCAUGAUAUUCUAAUUUUUUGAGAUGCAUUAGUAUAUCCUUAUACAGUUAAAACAAAGUCCACUCAUUCAUCUAAAAUGUUAUCGUACUGUAUUACCUGCAUAAUGUUUUAGGGGAAGGGUGUAUAGGAAGUCUUGUUUGAAAGAAUAAAUAUAUGUAUAAGAAUA